AUGGCUCCCAAGCUCAAGAUCGCGGCCAUCCAAGCCGAGCCCGCCUGGAACGACCUCGAGGGCGGUGUUACCAAGUCCAUCGCUCUCAUCGAGGAGGCUGCCAGCAAGGGCGCCAAUGUCGUCGGCUUCCCUGAGGUCUUCAUUCCCGGAUACCCAUGGAGCAUCUGGGCCAAGUCCCCCACCGAUAAUGCCGCCUUCAUGGACGAGUACUUCCGCAACUCGCUCGUCAAGGACUCUGACGAGAUGAAGCGCAUCUGCGCCGCCGUCAAGGAGGCCGGUGUGUUUGUCGUUCUCGGAUACAGCGAGAGAUUCAAGAACACCUUGUACAUUGCCCAGUCCUUCAUCGAUGAGAACGGCGUCAUCGUGCACCACCGCCGCAAGAUCAAGCCGACCCACGUCGAGCGCGCCUACUGGGGCGACGGCCAAGGCGAGUCCCUGCAGACCGUCGCGCCUAGCACGCUCCACCCCUCGGUCAAGAUCGGUGGGCUCAACUGCUGGGAGCACACGCAGACGCUCCUGCGCUACUACGAGUACGAGCAGGACGUCGACCUGCACGUCUCCAGCUGGCCCGUCCUCUGGCCUCACCCGACCGACAAGGACGGCGUCAGACAGGCCGACUGGCCUCACCACAUCACGGACGAGAUGAGCAUGCGCUUCUCGCAGGUGGUGGCGCUCGAGGGCGCGUGCUUCGUCAUGGUCUGCACGCAGGUCGUCAGCGAGGAGUCCAAGAAGCGGUGCCGCAUCGACGAGUUUGGGUACGCGACAAACUCGGUCGGCGCGGGCGGCGGCUUCAGCAUGAUUUACUCCCCCUUUGGCGAGGAGCUGGUGAAGCGCCCGCCGCCUGGGGAGGAGUGCAUCUUGUAUGCCGAUGUCGACCUCGCGGAGAAAGCCAAGGCGAAGCAGAACCUCGAUAUCGUCGGACACUACUGCCGUCCCGACCAGCUGAGUCUGCGGGUGAACAAGUACCCUGCGCGUCCCGUUCACUACGCGGCCGACCCUUGA